UUAGUGCAUUGGGAUAAGUUGGUUGCUCGUAUUUAGCUCUAGAAAUAUAGUUUAGAAACAUGAACUGCAGGCCGCUCUUUAUUAUAUUGCUUUGGGCAUUGUGUGAUUUCUCUGUUAGAAUCAAUGGGGCUAAUAUUUUGGGACUUAUGCCGAUUAUAUCACCAAGUCAUCAUGGAUGGAAUAGUGUUUUAAUGCAUCGACUUGGUGAACUGGGUCACAAUGUGACAGUUCUUUCAGUCGAUAUUCCAAAACCGAAUGAGAAAGUCCCACCAAAUGUUCAUUAUAUUCACUUGGAGAAAGGGUACUCAAUCUAUGAUGAAGGUGAUGUUAAAUUGGACAUAAAUGAAUUCAUUGAUAUUGGACCAUUCAAAGGAAUCAAGAUGUUUAAUGAUGCUGUCGUUACGUUGGUUGAUGUUGUUUGUGCUUCGAAGGGAUUUCAUACACUCUUGAAUUAUCCGGAUGAUUUUAAGUUUGAUUUGGUUAUACACGACUACACAAUGGGUCCAAUUUUACUUGGAUUUUUACACAAGUUCAAGUAUCCACCUGCAGUUGGUGUUUCUCCAUUCCAUAACCCACCAAUCACUUUGGAUUAUAUGUCCAAUCAUUAUUUCCCUGCUUAUGUACCUUUCCAUGGAACAACGUUCAAGACUGAAAUGACCUUCUGGGAACGGCUUGAAAAUACUCUUCUCAUUGCUUAUGACAUUGGCUAUCGACGACUGAUACUCAACCCUAAAAUUGACACCGUUAUCCGGAAAUAUUUUCCUAAGGACAUGCCGUACUUAGAUGAUAUUGGUAGACGCACUGCCAUAGCUCUGGUCAACUCCCACCCAGCCACAAACUAUGUAGAACCUCUGCCUCCGAAUGUCAUUGAAGUCGGUGGCAUGCAGAUAUUGGAUCCUAAGCCAUUGCCAAAGGAUUUGGACGAGUACAUGAACAAGUCUACUAAUGGAGCUGUAUUUUUCUCGUUUGGAACCAAUAUGAAGAGUCAAGAUUUUACCGAAGAACAAGUUCGAACAAUUUUGAACGCCAUGGCUGAACUGAGUCAGUAUAAUUUCAUGUGGAAGUUUGAUGUGAAAUAUUUGAAGGAGAAAAUACCCAAAAAUGUUAUAGUCAGGUCAUUCUAUCCACAAAGAGAUAUUCUUGCUCAUCCCAAUCUGAAGGCGUUUGUCACUCACUGUGGAGGUCUUAGUUCACAAGAAGCAAUGUGGCGUGGUGUUCCGAUGGUUGGUGUUCCACUAUUCGUUGAUCAACACAGGAACUUAAAACAGUCUUUGGAAGCGGGUAUUGCAGUGAAACUUGACUUUUCUACCAUGACCAGCAAGGAUAUAGUUGAAGCUAUUAAAACGGUUAUUCAAGAUCCUAAAAUGCGAGAAAAUGCUAAAGUAAAGUCAAAGCAAUACCAAGAUAGACCUAUGAGGCCCUUGGACACUGCUGUGUGGUGGGUCGAGUAUAUGUUACGUAACCCGAAUCCAUAUCAUCUCCGAUCACCUGCCCAUAAGCUUAAUAUCUUCCAAGCUAAUUCCUUGGAUUGUUUACUUUUCAUUUUAUUGGUUGUGAUUCUCGUGUUCUACUUGGUUGUCAAAUUACUGGCGUUUGUAUGGAGAUUACUGAACACGAACUCGAACAGUUCCAAGAAAAUAAAAAAAAAACUAAUUUAAUUUUUGUUUGAUAAGAUUAAAUAUUAAAAUAAUACAUAAUAUGUAGAGACAGUUUAUUAUGUUAAUAAAUUUCAAAAUAGAAAUGGGCAGAACUACAAAAAUUUAA